CCUGCCUUGCUGCACCCUAAAGGAAGCAACACAAGGCCAUUUCACACAUUUUCACCUCAGUUACCCACUUGCCUUGGAGGAGGAAGGUCACGGCUCCUGCUCCUCCUCUCCUCCCUCACCUGCUUACCUGUCCUGCUUACCUGCUCAUUAGUGGCAAAGAUGGUGUCCCCCCGCGGCGUGGUGGUGAUGGUGGUGGUGGCGGCGGCGGCAGUGGCGGUGGUGGUGGAGGCCCAGUCAGGAUUUACACCGGAAGAAAUAGCGGAGCUACAACAACUGUUCGAGCAGGCCACGGGAGGAGGAAACAAGCCCAGUGGAGGAAACAGACCCAGUGGAGGAGGAAACAGACCCAGUGGAGGAGGAAACAGACCCAGUGGAGGAAACAGACCCAGUGGAGGAAACAGACCUAGUGGAGGAGGAAACAGACCCAGUGGAGGAGGAAACAGACCCAUUGGGGGAGGUCAAGGUCAAUUCCCAUUCCCAGGGUCAGGUCAAGGUCAAUCUCCGUUCCCAGGGUCAGGUCAAGGUCAAUCUCCGUUCCCAGGGUCAGGUCAAGGUCAGUUUCCUUUCCCAGGGUCAGGAGGAAACAGGCCUGGGUUAGGUCAAGGCAACAGACCCAAUGUACCCGGCAGACCCAGCAGACCAGGUCACGGGGGGUCAGGUCACGGGGGGUCAGGGGGCAGCUGUAAGUUCUUCUGUCAGAAUGCGUUUGGUAAUUACGUGCCUUGUUGCUAAAGCUGCUGAUGUUAUUCAUAAUGUUAAUCCCAGUGUUAACCGUUGCUUCUAAUUCACUAUUUUAACCCCUUCAGUACUGGGACACAUUUUUACCUUGAGAUUUGUGUACCAUUAGACCAUUUUAUUGACAUUAGGAAGGGUCUAUGGAGGGCAGAAGAUUAAUGGCCACAGUCU